CAAUUGGAUACACUCUGCGCUAAUGAUACACUUCUUGAUGUGUAUAGGUGAGGGAAGCGAUGUGAUUAGUUAUAUUCUUUGGUAUACAUGAAGAAAAGAGAAAAUGAGGGACGUGUGUAUUGGUGUGGAAUUUUUCAGAUUUUUAAUUUUCGUAUUUUACUAAGAAAUUAACAAAUUUAGUAUGGAAUAUAGUGAUUGAAGUUUAGAACGCUUCUUUUACGUGCCCCGUAAUUUUGAAAUAUACUGUAAUAAUGGCGACUGAAAGUCAAAUAACAAACAUUGUGAAUGAUAUUUUGAGAGUAGAAAGCAUUGAAGAAGCCUUUAGCUGCUACUUAGUCCACCGUCCUGAACACGAAACCGAGAAAAUUACCGGUUUCCAACAAGAUUUACAAAAUGCAUUGAGUGGAUUAGGUACGGAACAGCAAGAGGCCGGAGUGAGGCAGUAUCUUGUGAUGGCAGCAAGCAUGACAAAUCAUAGUCGUCUCACACUACUACUCACUCUUCUGGAAAAUUUGGUCUCCAACAACAUACUCCCUGCCAGGAUGGUUUGUGAAUGCAUUUUGGCAUGUGAAAAAUUGGUGUAUCAACAGGGAGAUUUUUGGAUUGAAUGCUUUAAUCUUAUUCGACGAAUAAUUGGUGGUGUGGACUAUAAAGGUGUUCGUGAAAUUAUGAAGGGGUGUCGAGAAAAAGCUCAGACAAUUCCUACAAGGCUGAAUGCAUCAGUGAUACCUCAGUUGAAAGCAUUGGAAAAUGUUAUCGAGUACAUUUUUGAUAGGAAUGCUUGUUUAUUGCCGGGCUAUUUCAUUGUAAAUGAAAUCCAGAAAGCAUAUCCAGACAACAAAAAUUGGCCUCAUUGGAAAUUGGCUUACCUGCUGUCAAGCUUUGUGGAGAGUUUUCGGCCUACAGCUCAAAUGGUGUCUAUAAUAGGUCACUCAAAAAUGUUACCAGUAGUUGAACAUUCAGGAUAUGCUGAUCAUCUUAUAAAUCCAUGGAAACUUGAUCCCACAACACUGAAAUUUAGCUUGAAGGGAAAUCUACCAUAUGACAGAGAACUUCUUGAACGUCAAACUGGUCUACUGAGAUAUGUUUUGGAGCAACCAUACUCCAGGGACAUGGUUUGCUCCAUGUUAGGACUGCAGAAACAGCACAAACAGCGUUGUGUGGCUUUGGAGGAGCAACUUGUGGAGCUGGUCAUCAUUGCUAUGGAAAGGUCUGAAACUGAAACAGAAACUGAUGAUGUGACUAACAGCCAUUGGUUAUGGUUACACCUGUCCAGUCAACUUAUAUACUUUGUACUAUUUCAAUUUGCAAGUUUUCCAAAUAUUGUUCUUGCCCUACAUGAUAAGUUGGCAGGACGUGAUUUGCGAAGGGGAAGAGACCAUUUGAUGUGGGUUCUUCUUCAAUUCAUUUCAGGCAGUAUUCAAAGAAAUCCAUUGAACAACUUUUUGCCAGUUCUCAAAUUGUAUGAUCUGCUAUACCCAGAGAAAGAAUCACUUCCUGUGCCAGAUUUUAGUAAAGCAUUGUGUACUCAUCAGAUGGCAAUGACUUGUAUAUGGAUCCAUUUAUUGAAAAAGGCUCAGUCGGAUCACUUGAACAUCCAUCGCCCUAUUCCACUUACGUUGAAAGGUCACCAUGAGUUUCUUCAACAUCUUGUGAUGCCAAAUAAUCCAGCUUUGUGUAUGGGGUCUGACUACAGAAUUGCAUUACUUUGCAAUGCUUACUCGACAAAUCAGGAAUAUUUUUCAAGACCCAUGGCUGCUCUUGUUGAAACAAUUUUGGGCACACAAAAAGGUCCCCAACAGCCUCCUCUUCCUCCUAUGGCCAACAACGCUGCAUUGGCCAAUGGUCCAACUACCCCGUUGUCUAUGUCCAUAUUGGAUUCUCUAACUGUGCACUCAAAGAUGAGCCUGAUUCACAGUAUUGUUACACAUGUUAUUAAAUUAGCCCAAGCAAAGUCAAAUAUGGCUUUAGCACCAGCUUUAGUUGAAACAUACAGCAGACUUCUUGUGUACACUGAAAUAGAAUCUCUUGGAAUUAAAGGUUUUAUUAGUCAGUUACUUCCUACAGUGUUCAAAUCCCAUGCCUGGGGAAUUUUAUAUACAUUGUUAGAAAUGUUUAGUUAUCGAAUGCAUCACAUACAACCUCACUACCGAGUGCAACUACUGUCACAUCUCCAUAGUUUAGCAGCUGUUCCACAGACAAAUCAAACACAACUCCAUUUAUGUGUUGAGAGUACAGCAUUACGUCUUAUCACUGGACUGGGUAGUGCUGAAGUUCAACCACAGCUUUCUCGUUUUCUCAGUGAACCAAAAACAUUAGUAUCUGCUGAAUCUGAGGAGUUGAAUCGUGCUUUAGUACUGACACUGGCUCGCUCGAUGCAUGUUACUGGCACAGGUUCAGAUGCAUUGUCAGGUACAUGGUGUAAAGAUUUGUUGAACACCAUUAUGCAAAACACUCCUCAUAGUUGGGCAAACCAUACGUUGCAGUGCUUUCCUCCUGUCCUCAAUGAAUUUUUCCAGCAAAACAAUGUUUCUCGAGAAAACAAGCAACAAUUAAAGAAAGCUGUGGAAGAAGAAUACAGAAAUUGGACCUCAAUGAAUAAUGAAAAUGAUAUUAUUGCACAUUUCUCUGUGCCUGGAACAUCACCACUCUUUUUGUGUUUGCUCUGGAAGAUUAUUUUGGAAACUGAAAGAAUUAGUCCAAUUGCAUACAAGGUGUUGGAAAGAAUUGGUGCAAGGGCAUUAUCUGCACAUUUGAGAAAAUAUUGUGAUUACCUCGUAUUUGAAUUUGCAAAUUCAGGAGGAGGCCAACAUGUGAACAAAUGUGUAGAUGCUAUCAAUGACAUGAUUUGGAAAUACAACAUUGUUACAAUUGAUAGACUUAUUCUUUGUUUAGCUCUACGAACACAAGAAGGUAGUGAGGCACAAGUAUGCUUUUUCAUUAUUCAACUUCUCUUACUAAAAGCUGCUGAAUUCCGCAAUAGAGUGCAGGAAUUUGUGAAAGAAAACUCUCCAGAACACUGGAAACAGUCCAAUUGGCAUGAAAAACACCUUGCUUUUCAUCGCAAAUAUCCUGAAAAAUUUGCUCCAGAAGGAAUUCUGGAACAAACAGGAGGUCCUUCCUCGCCUUAUCAUUCUUUGCCUGUAUAUUUUGGAAAUGUGUGUCUGAGAUUUUUGCCCGUCUUUGAUAUUGUAAUACAUAGAUAUUUAGAACUUCCUCCAGUUACAAAGUCUUUGGAAACUUUACUGGAGCAUUUAGGCUGUUUGUACAAAUUCCAUGAUCGUCCGGUUACGUACCUGUACAACACAUUACAUUAUUAUGAACGCAAGCUGCGAGACAGACCACCACUGAAGAGACGCCUGGUUUCUGCAGUUCUGGGUUCUCUGAAGGAUAUCAGACCUCCUGGUUGGAGUUUAUCUGAAGCCUAUCAGACAUAUAUGAAACAGAAUGAUGAAAGUAGUUGGGUACCAGAGUUGGAUUAUUAUAUUCGUCUUGUCCGAAGAAUUGUGGACACUAUGUCUGGAAAACCUCAAUUUCCUACCACAGAUUGGAGAUUUAAUGAAUUUCCUAAUCCUGCAGCUCAUGCUUUAUACGUCACAUGUGUGGAAUUGAUGGCUGUGCCAGUAACACCAACAAUGGUUGGUAACAAUUUGCUUGACGUUGUCUCCAAAGGGUACACCGUUAUUCCAUAUAAUCAAAUUCAUAUGUGGAUUAAUUCGGUUGGAUUAAUUAUGGCUGCUUUACCUGACUCUUACUGGUCAGUGCUUCAUGAAAGGCUUGUUGAAGUCAUGACUUGUCCUCAGCUCAUGCAAUGGAAUUAUCGUAACACACCAUUUCAGUUGUACAACUUCUCAGCAACCCAUGAUUCUCUCUUGGAGAACAAGUUUUCUUACACUUUGGCACUUGCUCAUUCAAUGUGGCAUCAUGCUGGUGUAGGGCAGAUAGCUACUGUACCACAAUUUGUGAAAGAAAAGGUUCACCCAGUUGUGAAAACAGAAGAACAGUUCUUGUUCUUGUGUCAUCUUGUGGGCCCGUUUUUGCAGAGGUUCAAUACUGAUAGACCUCGUUGUGUAAUGGAAUUAACUGUUGAAUUGUAUGAACUACUUGAACAAGUGGACAAAAAUGUUACACAUAUGAACUACAUGGACCCGAUUUGUGAUUUAUUAUACCAUAUCAAAUAUAUGUUUGUUGGUGACAUGAUGAAGAACGAAGUAGAGUGCAUCAUUCGUAAACUUCGACCAGCUCUUCAGAUGAGGUUACGCUUUAUUGCUCAUUUAAACAUAGAAGAAAUUAAUGCUUCUUGAGAAAGGGCUGAUAACCCUCAGAAGUAGGGUUACAAAUAAAAUUGGUACUCUGUUCUGAAAAAGUGGAAAAGAACAUACAAUUUUUCGCUUGCACUGAAUGUGGUUUAAAAUGACAUUUCAAUGAAAUCUGAAGAAAGGGAGAAACAUUCUGUAUUCAUAUGAUGGAAGUUGGAAGAUUCAGAGAUAUGUGCGAGAGUGUGCGAGUGGAAAUGUCUCCUCCCGCCCUGUCUUUGUGUGGAUUAAUUUGUUAUUUAUUUUCUCAAAUGUACAAAUUGUACAUAAAUACAUUGCAUUGGUAUGAAUGAACCCAAGAAUAGCCAUACUUUCAUGUACUUAUGAAGUACAUUGGUACUUUCUUAUUCACUGCCUUCUUUUUGUAUUAUUUGUGAUUCAUUUUCUGAGUAUUCUAUUUUGUCUUCGUUUUAUCCUGUAUGUUAUUGAUUAUAAAUCCUUCGAUGUGCAAUAUAAAGCAGCCAUGUUAACAUUUAAUUGUCAUUUGCAACAUUCCAUUUUCCAAAUGGUUUCUGAUUGUGUGAAGAUUUUAAAUGUUGAUAAUAUUCUUUGAAGAAUUUGUUAUAAUUAUCAUUUGAAAGGAAAUGUUACAAUGUUGAACCAAGAAGAACUAUUUUUGAGGAUUUGUAGUAAUCCUGAUUAAUUUGACACACUUCAGAAAGUGAAAUAUUGUUCGAGGCUUCCACAUUACCCAUAAGGUGUUUGAAUAUUUUUGAGAUUCCUGGGGAUGGAAGUUUUUGUAUAACAAUGCAGUAUUCAUUUUUCAUUGACCAUAAUUUAUUCUUCCUAGGACUUACGAAUUGUGUGUACUGCAAGGAUGUCUUGACUUGAAUCUUACUGUGAAGUUGUAUAUAGUCUUGUACGAAACAUUUUUCCAUAUGUAUUUUAUAUGUAUUUUUAUUAUAAAUAAAUGUAAAUAUUUAUUGAA